GAGAGAGGGAGAGGGAGAGGGAGAGGGAAAGAGAGAGGCUGGAGAACGAGAGGUUGGAGAGAGAGAGAGAAAUGCAGGCCGCAGGGUUAGACGUUUGUGGGAACCUUGUGGGACGAGGAGCAAACGAGAAGAGCAGCGUUGGCAUGAGCCACCACCAACACCAGCACAGAGAGAUGGCAGCCGCCAGAGCUGACAGUGAGAGCAAACCAGGCGGCCAUAACCCUCCGAACCACAACCCGCCCAAGAUCCUGCCAGUGUCGGGAAAACUGGAGCAGGCGAUGCAGAACAACUCAGGCCUUGUUCGUCCCUCUGCCUUCAAGCCGGUGGUUCCCAAGAGCUUCCACUCCAUGCAGAACCUGGUGGGCCAGGCAGGAGGGGCUGGGAGCGAGGGCAAGACUGAGGCAAGGAGUGAAGGGUUCAGUGAGAGCAGAGGAGGCAGGAGAGGCAGGGAUGGAGCAGGAGCAGAAUCAGGAGAGGUCCCAGAGGCCCUGCUCCUGGACCAGGACAGCCCAGUGAGGGUCAGCAGAACUGAGGGCGGGGGAAACGGUAUUGAAGUGGUUCAGGGAGGAUUGUCUGACUCAGGGAGGAACUCCCUGACCAGCCUGCCCACCUAUACGGGCUCGGGGUCCGGUUGUGGGCCCCCAGCAGUGCUGGGGCCUCUCAGUGCUUCCACCAGCCACAUCAACAGGUUGGGCAUGGUUGGGGCAGCUGCAGGCCUCGACAAGCUUGAAAAGCCUGGCUACCAGAACGGGCUCAGCGCCUCAGACAGCGGCCGGUCCUCCUCGGGGAAGAGCUCCUCGUCCUAUCAGAGGCUGAGCCACCUGAGUGACGCCCCAGCACCUCUACGCCCCUCCCCCUCGUCCGAUGACAUCAUCCAGGACCUCGAGGACCGCUUGUGGGAGAAAGAGCAAGAGGUGCAGCAUAUGCGCAGAAACCUGGACCAAAGUGAGGCAGCAAUCAUUCAGGUGUUUGAGGAGAAGCAACGUGUCUGGGAGCGACAGAUGGACGAGCUGAGACAGAACUACGCUUCGCGUCUGCAGCAGGUUACCCGUCGCGCUCAGCGCUCCCAGACGGCCCUGCAGGCCCAGAUAGGCCGUCUGUCCCAGGACAAGAGGAGGCUCCAGGAGGAGAUGGCGGCCCUGUUGGCCCAGAGAGAGGACCUGGAGAGAAAGUGUCUGGAUUACAGGAAGGAGCAGGCUGACAUCUUGCCUCGUCUGGAGGAAACCAAGUGGGAGGUGUGUCAGAAGGCGGGAGAGAUCUCCUUGCUGAAGCAGCAGUUGAGGGAGAGUCAGGCGGAAGUGACCCAGCGAGCUGGAGAGAUGGUGGCCCUGAGAGGCCAGCUGAAGGAGCUCAAUGCCCAGCUGAGGGAGCGGGAGGAGACCAUGCUGGGCCUGAAGGACUCCUACAGCACCAAGAGUGUGGAGCUGGAGAAGUGUGAGGGAGAGCUGAGGAGGACUCUGUCAGAGGUGUCCAUCCUUAGAGAGAAGCUGGGUGUAUUCGAGGCAGAGGUGCUUGGUUUAAAGCGGGCUCUGAAUGAAGUGAGCAGGGGAGUAGAAGUUGUUGUGAGCCCUAACUUAGCUGCGGCAGGUCUGUUGCCACCAUGGGGACUUGUCCACUGCCCACGAAACCCCACUGAGCCCUCACUCAACUCUCUCACCCCCACAUCUGACACCCUGCUGAGUCUUCAGAGUGAUGAAGCCAAAGCCCAAAGGCAGGAAGCUCAGAGGCAGCAACGCGAAGAAGCUCAAUGGCGUGACGCGCAGCAGCGGCAGGAUGCCCACAUGCAUCAGGACAUCCGAAUGCGGCAGGAUGCACAAAUCCGACCGGACGGCCAAAUGCGCCAAGAGGCCCAGCUUCGUCAGGAGGCUCAUCUCCGCCACGAAGCCCAAAUGCGCCAAGAGGUGCAGCUCCGUCAAGAGGCCCAGCUCUGCCACGAGGCCCAAAUGCGCCAAGAGGCUCAGCUCCGUCACGAGGCCCAACUCUGUCAGGAGGUGCAACUGCGUCAGGACGGCCACCAGCCACAGCGGGGCCAGGAGGGUCACUGGGACGAGGGAGGGGAGCUGCGGAGGCAACUCGAGCAGCUGCAGGCCGCGUUGCGCCUGGAGCGGCAGCAACGGGAGCGUCAGGCCCUCAACUUCGACCAGGAGCGACACACCUGGCAGGACGAGAAGGAGCGGGUUUUGAAAUACCAGGCGCAGCUGCAGCUCAGCUAUGUGGAGACGCUGCAGAAGAACCAGGCUUUGGAAAAAAGGCUGAGCCAGCUGGGAGCCAAACCGAACACAACGUCCACCACCACCACUAUCACCACUACCACCACCACCUCCCCCACCUCCUCCAAUUCUCCGCCUCCACCACCGGGCCUCUCACCGCUGUCUGCUCAGCCCCCACCCUCUCUCCCUAGCCCCAUCGCCCUCACCAUCUCCCCUCCUUGUGAAGACCAGAAGGGCCCUCCGUCGCUCCACCAGCUUGCCAAUCCCUGGGCAGGACCCUCACGCCUGGAGAGGAUAGAGUCCACUGAGAUAUAGAGACGGCUCCGCGACGUAUUGUCCAGUUCGAUACAAGACCUCUCACACAGAACCACUUCAGCAUACAGUUGAAAACAUUUCAGUCUACAAUAGAAUAAAUCAGUACAGUCUGACAUACUUUUCAAAGCAACUAAAGACACUGAACAGCAACAACAGCGACUGCAUAAUCCAACAUUGUCAGUAACAAGCAGUUGAACUUCGUUCAAUCUAUCAAGGAUUUUUCAACCUCCUAAGCAGCCUUUCUCUCACAAGUUGCACACUACUACAUCCUACCUAAUCAGUGUUCAUGAGAAGUGUGCCACACUGAUGGAUGGCAGAAAACUAAAUGUUAAAUGACAAUGUUUAGACGACAGCACUAACACAGGGGGUCAUUUCAUGCCCAUGCUAGAAAAGGACCAAGACAAUCAGGGAUAUUGUCAGAAAUUAUCAACCGGAACAUCAUGCGGUAUUUAUUCAUUGUAAGUCUGUGUCACUGGUAAUGUAAAAGUAGAAAUAGUGGUCAGAGUGUGUGAUGUUAACUUGCAUUUUUGGCCAGAGAGCGCCUUACUCCAUUUCUUUCCAGCAUGUAUACGAGAAAAAUGCCGAUGCUGGGAACAGAUGAAAAAAAAAAGAAAAAAAGAAUCAGGAGUGCUAUUAUCAUUUUCAGUGCUUUAAUUACAAUAUCAGCAAACCAGUUAGACAAAGGCAUUACACAUGGCUGGACUAUUUCAUUUAAAUACCAGCAGAUAUCGACGUCGAAGUUCACACGGACGGAUUCCUGAUUCAGUUUUCAAGUCAUUUCAUGCACAUGGUCCAACAUGCAUGACUCAUUUAAAUGCAUCAUCAAGACCAACAGAGUUUAUAUUUUCUACAAACUGAAUGAAAUAGAUAUGUUUAGUAGAUAAUCAACCCCAAACUGAAUAUAGAAUAUGUUUAUCGAUGUGGGACAACCUGGUUUGCCUUCACUGCGGAUCGUCUGCGGUGACUAAAAACAAACACUAGAGGUCAUCAGAGGGCUUUCGCAGCGCUCUCAGCUCAAAUUUCUUCUCGUUGAACUGCAAGGAGGAUGUGAAUGGAAGCACACAAUUUGAAUUUGGUUAUUAUGACAAUUGUGUCGUUCACUUUGAGCAUUUACAGCCAAGAGAUCUGAGAAGUCAGUCGGUAUCCCCAAAGUUUAAAUUAAAUUUUUAGAAUGUAUGAUAUACUAGAAAGAAAUAAUUAUAAAAGUUAUAGAUUGUAAAUGUAUGUGUGUUUGUGUGUGUGUGUGUGUGUGUGUGUGUGUGUGUGGGAGAGCGGGUGUGUGCAUGUGUGUCUACAUAUGAAAAGCUUCAGCUUAUGAGAUUGAGGAUAGAGGGACUAUAGUGGCAAUACAGCAAAGGAAGAUAUAUUGAGAGCAAAGGGAUUUUGUUUUUGUUUGGCGGGGGGGGGGGGGCAGUAAAGUACAGUAAGAUGUACAUGAAAGCUUGGUACAAGGGCAGGGAGACUGUAUAACCUGGAAACUCUACUUUCUUCUGUAUCGCUCAUUUAGACAAAGCAGGGGAGAAGGAAGUAAAAAAAAAAAAGAAUCUGAAAAAUGGAAAGUCUGUCUUUCUAAGGGAGCAUUCAGCUAACUGCACUAUGUAGUGUCCUACACACGAGUUAUGAUGUACAGUAGACUCAUGUGAAUAUCAUGGCUUUUAUAUGUGUUGUUUACGCCAGCAUACAAAGAUGUUUCUCAAGAAUAUUAACUUAUCUCUAAGGUAUUACAUAGUAUUAUCAUCUUUAUUACUGUUAUUAUAUUAUGGUGAACUGACAGAGAAAAUAUGUGCCAUUUGAGCUUUCUUUUAUGUGUUUUUUUUUUUGUUUUUUGUUUUUUUUAACUGUAGAUAGCCUAACGGCCUACCAUGAUGGUGCAAACAUAGCAACCCUGUCCAAAAAUGAUGUUCCUUUUGAUGUAGGUGAUAAAUGUAGUUAUAGUAUUGCAUUGUUUAGAGAACAAAAUGCUACCAAUUUUAUACAUGUUUCAGAUUUAUUGUUUGCAUUUAUGUUACUAGUACUGUUCUGGCUUGAUUAAAACCACCCCUUUGUUCAAAUUCAGCAGAACUAAUAAAGAUAUGUGAAUAAUU